GUUGAAGUAUUUGGUUGUGUUUUUUCUUUUUGACAGAAACUCUUGUAUUCACCGAUGGGGAAAGUUUUUAUUCUACAGCCAAGUGAGAGCGUCUCGCCGACGCACCCUUGGCUACCACCGGGUAACGCUCUCUACAUUUUAGAAAAGAGCAAUGAAGGUUACUCUCCUACGGCGUUACGUGCGUUUUUGAACCGCCCUCACCCUCUCGAAACACUGAGUCAACGAGCCGCUUAUGGCUCGGAAGGUUCGGUCUUGAGGGAUCACGAUUCCAAAAACUACGUCAAAGCCGUGAACGGAGUUCUCAGGCAGCACACGAAGCUCAUUGUUAGGAAAGCCAGGAUACAGAGGAGGAGUGUUUGGCCCGUGCUGACGUCAGCAGGACGUGGGUUAAACGGGAACCUGACAACGACCGAGGAGAUCAUGACACGUGUCUAAUGAGGGAAAUCUACGGUUGUAUAUAAGUGGAAUCUCUUCUGAUUAUGCGUUUGUUUUACAUUUCUUGUGGGUGAGCCGAAACAAGUUAAUAAAAUAUUGUAAAGAAU